AUUUCCAGAAGCCCCGAAUCGGCGAGCGAAUCCCCUCCUCACCUCCCCGUCCAGCCGUCGUCCUCUCCUCCCUUAUCGAUCCGGCCGCUGAAUUCGUCUUCCUCUCGCUCGCUCCUUCUACCCUGCGAAGCAGGUAACGAUCGAUAGGCGGCGAUAAUCCGUUGAUACUGUUAUUAACCGCCGCCCCCGGCCGGGGCCCCUGCUUUCCGUCACAUCGUGGAAGCAGGCGCCGAGUUCGUUGCACCGAGAUAGCUUGCUAGAGGAUAUACAGAGACAUCUCGGCUAGCAGUAGCUCUGGAGGACCUUAUACCAAUGGUGAUGGUGAGCGUGGCGGCGAGCCCGAGCCCGAUGGUGCGGUCGGAGGAGGACCUGGGCCCGCCGUGGCUGCGGCCGCUGCUGGGCACGAGCUUCUUCGUGCCGUGCCGGAUGCACCCGGAGCUGAGCAAGAACGAGUGCAACCUCUUCUGCCUCGGCUGCACCGGCGACGCCCUCUGCGCCUACUGCCUCCCGGCCCACCGCGACCACCACGUCGUCCAGAUACGGCGGUCGUCGUACCACAACGUGAUCCGGGUGUCGGAGGUGGGGAAGCUGAUCGACAUCUCGCACGUGCAGACGUACGUGAUCAACAGCGCCAAGAUCGUGUUCCUCAACGGCCGGCCGCAGGCCAGGCCCGGCAAGGGCGUCACCAACACCUGCGAGAUCUGCUGCCGGAGCCUCCCGGACUCGUUCCGCUUCUGCUCCCUCGGCUGCAAGCUGGGAGGGAUGCAGUGGGACCCGAGCCUGACGUUCGCCAUUCGGCCGAAGCGUGGGCAGGGCUCCGGCGACGACGGGUCCGGCUCCGACGACUCGUUCAGCCCCAAGAAGCCCCGGAGGAUGGCCGGGUUCGACCUCGGCCGCUUCGACCGGCCGGGGAUCCGGUGGUCCGACGACGAAGGCAGCAGGUCCAACAACGGGAGGCCGAUCACGCCGGGCACGCCGCCGAUCAACCGGUGCCGGCCGUCCAGGAGGAAGGGCAUCCCCCACCGCGCCCCCUUCUACGGUUAGCUAGCAGACACACCCGGUGCAAGUGCAACGCACACAUCAUCAGCCUGCACUUCACUCUUCAGCUUGCACAAUGCGUGUUGCUCAUCAGUCAGGUCUGAGGAGUGAAGUGAUCCAAAAAUCAGCUACUGGGUGGUAGGUCACCAGAUACAGCUAGGUAUAGCCCCUGUUACAUAUAGCUGUGUAUACAAGCAUACACAAUAAUGUAGACGAAAGAUAUCAUCUGUACAUGCCAAUAUAUUGACAAAGUUUGUCAAGUAUGUGUAGACAUAAUCUGAAAAGGAGAUAGAAACAUAGGUAGGGUUUGAAUUUUAGCUAGCUUGGGUAGUGUAGUAGCAAUCGAGAUUGAUAUGUGAAAAAGGGAAUAAGCAUCAUCAUGUAUUUGUCUCGGUUUGUAGUGUCUGGCUGCUUGCCUCUCCACCACCCAACGCGUUUAUUAGCGUUGUGGUGUGAAGCUAAAAGUUUUUGUUUUUUAAUCUUAAUCUCCUGUUUAGGGGCUUAAUAAUAUGUAUACACAGUGUAUAUAUGUGUGUGUGUGUGUGUGUGUUUCUGUAUUUGAGAGAAAAAGGAAGAAAGGGGGAGAAAUAAUUGAUGCCUUGUGGUGUGUAUGUAGUAACUUAAUUGGGAUUUGCAAAAAUCUCUGUAAAUUCAUGACUGAAAACAGAUUAAAUGCUGUUUAAUUUCUUCA